CUCAACUCCAGAAAAAAUCCAAUGAUACUUUCUCAGUGUUCUACUCUAGGAGGUUUGAAGAGCCGCUCUGGCGUUUUAUUGUUGAUUAGACAAAAGACGCAAGACCCCUUACUUCCUGCACUUUUAUGUGAAUACUAAUUCCUUUAUCCUCCACAACCAUCCCACCUGCAGCAAGUCGACAGCCCUCGGUUGGUUUGACAUCCCACCACCCACGUCCGUGACAGCCUCAUCCCUCAGCUCCCAUCGGGUUGCCUUUUCCAUCCUGUCGGCAAUCUCCCUCCGUUGGUGGCAUAGAAUCUCAGCCUCUGAGAUCACAUCCGGUGGCGCUAGACUCGUCCUACUGGCCUUCAAUUGCAGGGACAGGCUGGUAUCGAUAUACAAGUACAGCGUGAUCCCAUAGACACCGCAUUGUGUCGUGGCGCAGUGACAGUUUGCGGAAACCAGAGCCGUUACCUGAGUCUAGCCCUUUAAACGAAUCUCCAUAUCAACACUGGCUCGUCCUCCGACUCCUCGCUACCAUCAGCCGUUGCGACUUUGGCCGCGAGCACCCUUCUACCUCGUAUUGCUCUCAUGAUGACAACCAACUAUUCAACGCAGACAUAUACUAUACCUCAGAACCACUUCUUUGCCAGCCAGCAACCCUCGCCCGCCAGCUCGACCUCUCCCAAUUCUCCGCGAAUGCAAGACUAUCUUCAGCAGCAUGCGCCCAACCCGUACAAGCAGCUACGGCCGCUAAAGUCGCCGCUCUAUGUUCCUGCGGCACUUCGACCGACCGAACACUUCUACACGCCCUCUCCCAUGACGCCGCCCAAGAGUUUGCAUGAAUCGUUGGACACUCUGGAAACCAAUGAGACACAAACUGGCAGCCCAGAGCAACAGCAACAUAUAGACCUCGAAUCGUACGAUCCGGACUGGAUACAAGAGGAGGACCUUGGUGAAGUUACUGGUCCGCCCACAAAAGACCACUGGAAGCCCGACCAAGCUUCCCCUACGUGCGACUCACCCGAAUGCCGCUCGACAUUCAAUCUCUUUGUCCGCAAACACCAUUGCCGGCACUGCGGCCACAUCUUCUGCUCGUCACAUACUCCCUUCACCAUCCCUCUCGACCAGUACGCCAAAUUCCACCCCGACGGCGUACCCUCCAGAGCAUGCGAGACAUGCCACCGUCAAUACCAACGUUGGGACACUGCGCGCUCGAUCCAGCGCAAGAACAGCCAAAAUAGCAAGGACGACAUCAACAACGAGAGUGGUCCACCCACCCCGUUGGCAGGACCUACAGGCCACCGGCGCAUCCUCUCGGGCGGGCUUCGUGGAGGCACACACACCGCAGAAGCUGCUAAUAGCGUUCCCAAGGACUGGCAUUGGUCGACAUUCUGAGCCGGGAGCGAGAAAGAGAAAGAUCACGUGAUAGAUCUGGGUCCGGGUCGGAGAACUCCACGUUCGAGAUUAUUGUGUGGCACCCGGCACUGACCGACCAAAAUAAAUUGCGGGAGCCUUGCUGACACGGGAAACACAGCCUCCAGCCAUGGCACCCAUGGUCAAGCUCGCAAGACCGGGCUGGACCCUGGGAAAUUACCACCUUGGCCCUGGCCAUCUCGGCCGGACUUGCCGUUGUUGGGUCAAGCCACUGCACCACGACCCGGAAAAAAGGCUCACGUGGCAUAUCCGUCUGGAGUCUGGACGGGUUAGCGGCUACAUGCGGGUGUAUCUACUUGAUAUCAUCAUCAACAUCAGCAUCGGUAUCAGGCUGCCAAGAUUUGCUUGAAUCGAAAUGGAAAACCGAGCAUGACAAUCUAGGUCUAGAUUGAGCUGCAUGACUCAAGGUCGACUCGGCAUCAGAUGAUCAAACCUCUGCCGGUGCCUCGACUUAGGCUGCAAGGACCAUGAUUUAAGGAAGGCACUCGAUUUCACUGCCGAGUGUGGCCGAAAGGAGCAGCUCAGGCCUGUCAAACGUGUGGUUGCACAACAUGAAUCUGUCACGGACUCAUCACAAUCAUAACGUGUUGAACGGUCUUUGGAUAUACUCGAUUUGGCUUAUCGAGACACGAGCACCAGCAAAUGUCACGAAGCUGGUUGCGGUCGAAUGGAGCAUGUAAGACUACGCAAUGCAAUAUGCUAGUUCCAGUGCAGCUCCGAGCUUGAAUGCAUCUUCGGAAGUACCAUGUUUGGCGACUGGACAUAUCAGAUCGGAUUCAGCGACAUCCAAUCAAAGUCGCUGGAAAGCUGUUUAUGCAUGGCGUCGGAGGUCUUUUGCUUUUUUGCGUAUCUGUUCCACUGGAGGCUUGAAAGAUCGUGCUUUUCUAAUCUGAUACAGCCUGGAAAUGGAGCCAUGCUGAUCUGUGUCUGGCUUUGAUGGCGAAGAACCGUCUUGGCGAUGGGCUGUCUUUGAGUAAUGUUUUAUUGGGUGGCUUGCUGCGAUUUCGCGAGACUGAUUCGUUCCCCCUUGACGGUAUAGAUUUGGGAGGUAUUGUUGAUAGCGAUCGUGUUAGCGAAUUAGACCGCAGUGUUUUGUACUCUUGGUUGUCUUUGUCUUCUCUCAUGGCUUGCGCUGCAGUACUGAGGAUAACAUCAAGUCAAACAUGGAGCGGGUUGGGAAUACAACCAACCUCGUGUAUCUCGUUUCAUG